AUGGUCUUCAGUAAAUUCAGGCAUAAUGGAUACUUGCCGCUGCCUAUAACACAAGCAAGCGUGAAGAACAAUGCCACCAAGUUACUCGCCAUUCCUGUCCUGUUGCUCCUGUUGAUUGUAUACACAUACAAAGGGAAUGGCGAGGUUAAAGAGAUAUACAAAUUGAUCGUUGUUGGACAGGAUGAGAGCCACGAGGUAUUUUCCAGCUCAAAUCCUCCAAAUUCUGCCUCUAGAGCUGUACGACCUAUCAAGUUUCAUCAAGCGUUGCCAGAUCUCUGCGUGGACGAGUGGAUUGGGGCUGGAAUUUGGGGGGAGCAUUGCAAAGACGUUGAUAUUAAGAAAUUUAGCACUAUCGAUCCUGUCUUCCCCUGGGUCAACGGAAGCGAUCCCGUGCAGAUCUCUGCCUUGCAAGCAUUCUCUGAUCAGAAAGUUGAUAGCCAGCACCGCUAUCAAGAACACGAUGAACUUAGAUACGCACUCAGAUCAAUCGAACGCUCAGUUGGACAGAAUGUUGGACAGUAUCAUAUUCUUGCUUCCUCGUACGACUCACCGGAAGGUGGUAACCAGAUUGCACAGCAUCCGUUUUGGUUGAACGAUCAUGAAAAGGUUGAAAUGCACCAUCACUUCAACUUCUUCCGGCGUAUGCCUACGAUUCCCGAGUCUCAAUCAUUAACAGAAGAUCAGCUGAAUAAUCUCAAUGCUGAAUGGAGGGCCGCCUCACUUCCAACUUUCAACUCAUUUGCUAUAGAAGGUCAAAUGCACAACAUAGACGCCCAAUCAGACACUAUAGUUUACCACAACGAUGACUUUUUUACACUUAAGAAUAACGAGGUCAGCGACUACUACUCCCCACUUCACGGUCCAGUUCUGCGUAGUUUAAGUUACAGUAUGUACGUUCCACAAGAAAAGCCUCUAGGAUCACGGAAUGGCGAAGGUGUCGCUAUUGCUAGAUCGUCUUGGGUUCUGGGAAGACGGUUCGGUAUGAGGUGGAGACCCUAUAUCGCACAUCACGCUCGCAGUCUGUCGCUGCCCAUCCUCAAUGAGGCUGCCAUAAUGUUUGACAACUCAUUCAACAACGUCACAUUAGCACGAUUCAGAAAUACAAAAGAUGCUCCUUGGGCUAUCCAAUCCUUCUUUUUUGCUUCAUGGUUCAUAACUGAGCGACAUCGUGAGGCUCUGCUGUGGUCAUGGAUAGUAGGAAAAUGGGGCGCUUCCAAUCAAGUAAUCGACACAGAUAAAAUGUGGAGUGAACUCACAGGCGGUGAGUCGUUGAAGCACCAAGUUUACGUUCCACAUAGAGUGACGGUUGAGGAUGAAGAGCUCGAAAAAACUCUGAAUAAUGCACAUAUACCCAAACCACUCAACACCGAGUAUGCAUUUUCAAGUAUGGAUGGCUAUGGUCCUGGUUAUCUUCGACAAAUAUGGCAUAGAUUGCUCAGUCGCCAUGGGUGGCCUGAUUUGAGAGAUGAUAAACGGUUGAAAGCUUGCACAAUUACAAAAGAGCAAUGCUUCAAGCAAGGAAGUACAGCCGAAGAGUUGUUUAAGCAUAUUGCAUUCGAACAAUAUGGUGAUUGCGGUGAUUGCAGUAAGUACUUUCGGAAUAUCCCGAUGCAGCUGACAGAAGGGUUAGUAAUCACUCAGUUAAUCUCACAAGGAGGUAGCAAAGGUUUGGAAAUCUUUCUACCACCUAAAGACAGCCUUAAACAGUUUAGUGGGGUUCCAAAUCUUCCACUGAACGACGACUGGCACGACGCUGAUUUUAAAUUGAACACUGUCUUAGACGGGGAAACGUCACCCAGGUCAUUUGCAGCAAGGCUGAUAAUGAGAUACAACCACGUAUUUGGUGAAACGCCGUCACAGUUCACGAAAGUGUACAAUCCAUCUCAACUAAAACAGCAACUUGAUAUGGCAGAUACACACCAAGAUACCACAUUUAUCUGCCUUAAUGAUGACGUCAAGAAGGAGAAAGACAUACCCGCAAUCAAUGAAUUGAUGGGCAAUUGGUUUACUUCUCGUUGGCCCGAACCUGAAGAUAACCCAAUAUACGAUUAA